AUGCGACAGCUCUGUACGAUAGGACCCAGGCUGGGGGCAUUUACAAGAUUAAAUCCGCAUCUUUCAUCAGAUUUUGCCCGUUUUGACCGCACUGGGUAUUUACGCCUGCUAUCUACAUCUCCGAAAGCCGAUCCCGCCAGCCAGAACGAUGUGCCUCCUCCGGGAUUCAAGUAUGCCGCACAUCAGAAUACGGUACCCAAGCCGGAGCAGGACACAGAGCUGCUCAAACACGCUGUUGAUGAGCAGCAUACGGUUCCGGACUGGGAGGAAAACCCAGACUUUUCUAUAUCUACUUUCGCGCAACUGCCAUCAAAAGACUUCGGAACAAACCAACACAUGAUAAUAAAUCAGGAGUUUAAGGAAGCUUUGCGCCAAAUUCUUUGGCAGUUUCGGGCUCCAAUUAGGUAUGCCUUUGCCUAUGGAUCAGGUGUUUUUCCACAAUCAGGAGCAGCAACAGGAACCAGUUGCCACCCUGCCGCGCCAGCCACGAUCCAGAGAAUGCAAACAGGUGGGGGAAAGAUGAUAGAUUUCAUUUUUGGAGUCUCUUAUAGUCAGCAUUGGCACUCGCUCAAUUUAAACCAGCACCGUAAUCACUAUUCCGCCCUUGGAUCUCUAGGGUCUUAUAUGGUUUCCCAAGUUCAGGAGCAAUGGGGUGCAGGGGUCUAUUUCAACCCAUAUGUGACAGUCAAUGGAACUCUGAUAAAAUACGGAGUUGUCAAUAUUGACACGCUAUGCAAAGACCUCAGUGAGUGGGACACUCUGUACUUGGCCGGGCGACUUCAAAAGCCCGUGAAGAUCCUACGCGAUCACCCAAAGGUUCGACUGGCGAACCAGAUGAAUCUUUUAUCUGCUGUCCGUGUUGCUCUCCUUCUUCUUCCGCCUGAUUUCACUGAAUCUCAGCUUUACAGCACCAUUGCUGGAAUCAGUUAUAGGGGGGAUCCACGGAUGACGUUUGGCUCGGAAGACCCGAAGAAGAUUACCAACAUUGUUUCGGGACAAAUGGCAAAUUUCCGCCGGCUAUAUGCGCCCUUGAUAGAUACUCUACCCAAUGUUUCGUUCAACGAUCAUUCUUGCCAUGACCCUGACUGGAUGAAUGACCCAGAAGCCAAUGUUCGACUCGCACAGGACAUGGACCCGGUCAAACGUGGGAACAUGGUCCGCAGAUUACCAAAAUCGUUUAGAGAGAAGUUAUAUUUCCAGUACCAAUCGCGAUUUCAGAUUCCCCGAGCCGAAUUCAAUAGUAUGAUGGAGCAAAGUACAGACGAAGAUUCAGUACGCUUUCACCGCAGGCAGGGCACAACUUUUGACCGAAGGAUUGCGGCAGAGGAGCAUUUAGAAGAGGAAGUAAGUAAAUCUAUUAAACAAACCGUCUCCUGGCCAAGUACGAGCCAGAGUUUGAAAGGAAUCGUCACGGUUGGUUUCCGAAAGUCGCUUCGAUAUCUUCAAGAAAAGAGGGCCAAAUACGCCCAGUCGAAAAGCAGAUCUUCCACCGCCGGUGGGGACUCGAACGAAAAACCUAAGGAGUAG